AUGACCGCAUCUACCGAAUCCCACGAGGUAACCGCAACAGUGAAGAAGAAGCGAUCACGGCGUGCACGCAAAGACAACCCUCCAGGUCCUGUCGCAGCCAAGCCGACAAAGACAUUGUUUGUGGAAGAUAUAGGAGACGCCUUGGUUGAUCAACUCUACGAAACAUCCAACCGCAACGAUGAUGACGAUAAUAGUGGGGCCUCGUCGAUUUCCCUCAUGGAUCACUUGCGCAAUAACAUCGUAGCACGUCCCGCGAUCUCUUCCUGUUCCAGUUCCGCAAGCUUUCAUACUGCAACCGAUUCCAGUCCGGCGACGAGUGUGAAUAGUCAUGAACCUUUCGUCACCCUCUCACACGUACCAACCAAGGUUGAUAUCCUUGAGCCAACCACCCACGUCCUCCAUCCAAGCACUGAUUCCUUGCACGCGAAAAUAGGUCGAGACCAGGAUGUGGUAUUUAAACUCGACGACUUCAAAACCAUGACAAUCAUCCAACAGAUAGCUGCACAACAUGGCAGAGUGGCACACAUGGGAAUCCUCGAUCACAGCUACCGAUUCUUCGUGAACAAAUCAAGAACAGCCGCAUUGUCAUUUAAGGUCCGCAACGGGGUAGCAGUAAUUGGCGGAGACCCAUUAUGCAACAAAGACGAAAUCCCCGAGCUCCUAACUGAAUUUGCGACCUACCGACAUCAACAUCACUUGAGCAUAGCAUUUAUGGGCGCCAGCGAGUCCUUCCUCAAACACUACGCCAAUCCAAACAACUGGACAACCAUCCGCUUCGCCACAGAACGCGUACUCAACCCCCAGACCAACGAAGUGAUCCUCGAGAACAGUGGGAGACGCAUCUUGACCAAAAGCCGUCAACUCACGAACAAAAGCAAAGGCGGCAUCACCAUGGGUGUUUACGCCCCCGCCGUUCACGGCACAAAUCAAGAACUCCAAUCCAGCCUAAUUACUCUCUACGAUGCCUGGCGCGCCGAGCGCAACGCCUCUGCCAGUCCCCAAGCCUUCAUAACCGUCUACGACCCCUUCGCUCUCCCCGCUCUGAUGACAUUCAUCUACACCCGCACACCAGAUGGAACAGUCAACGGUUUCGCCGCGCUUCGACGUCUUGGUUCCGGCGGGUACCAUGUCGACCCCUACAUCGCGGCCCCAGGCAGCGUAAAUGGUAUCAGCGACCUUCUCCUCGUCAUGGCAAUGGCUCUCCUCCGACGCGCAGGCAUCUCAUACCUCGGUCUCGGCGUCGAACCCCUCCAAUCACUGACUCGCGAAGACGUCAGCGGCAUGCCGUGGCCCUGUAAGAAAUUCACACGAGGCUUGUACGGCCAUGCAUUCCACCGUCUACCAAUUGGCGGAAAGAAGACAUACCAUGACAAAUUCCGUCCCGAUCCCACCCAGGACUCGGAUCUUUAUCUUGUUUUCCCAUCGGGCAUACCCAGUCCGCGACAUGUGCUUGCUAUGACCCAUAUGGCUAAUAUCAGUCUGCGGAAGAUAUUCCGGGCGGAUGUUCAGGCUUUCGUGUUGACUCGGAAGUUGAAGGCUGGUGGUGAGGUUGUUAUGUCGCUUCGGAAGAAGGAGGGUUCGGCUGGACAGGAUAAGGGUAGGGGGUUUGAAGAGGAACUUCUUGUAUACUAUUCGCCCUGUGCGGGUUAA